UUGGAUCCGGACUGCAUAGUAAUAUGUCAUUCAUAAAAUGACAGAACGCUAGAGUAGAGCACCACAGUUUUCUGGGGGAAACUUGCCAAUAGUGGAACAAUGCACUCAAUAAGAAAUUUCUUCUGUGGUCAGUGGAGUUCUUCUGUAAGACUUGAUGAUAGAACAGUCAUAAUAACAGGAGCGAAUACAGGCAUAGGCAAAGAGACUGCUAGGGAUCUUGCAAAAAGAGGAGCUCGAGUCAUCAUGGCCUGUCGAGACUUGAAAAAGGCAGAGGAAGCCAGAAAAGAACUAAUGGAGGAUUCUGGAAACCAAAACAUUGUGAUCAAUAAACUUGAUUUAUCAGAUACCAAAUCAAUAAGGGCAUUUGCAGAACUCAUUAACAAAGAAGAAGAGCAAGUCAACAUCCUAAUCAAUAAUGCUGGCAUCAUGAUGUGUCCAUACUCAAAAACCGCAGAUGGCUUUGAGAUGCAAUUUGGUGUCAACCAUUUAGGACAUUUUCUUCUCACCUACCUACUACUGGACCUCCUAAAGAAAUCUGCCCCUGCUAGGAUCAUCAAUGUGGCUUCUGUUGCCCAUACGUGGGGCAGCAUCUGUUUGGAUGACAUAAACAGCGAGAAAAGCUACUCUCCCCGGAGGGCUUACGGGCAGAGCAAACUAGCGAACAUACUCUGCACACAUUCGUUGGCCAAAAGACUGCAGGGCACAGGUGUGACUGUGUACUCCCUCCAUCCUGGCGUGGUGCAGUCAGAGCUGUUUAGGAACCUCAGCAAGCCUGUGCAGAUAGCAGUCAAGGUCUUCCGCCCCUUCACCAAGACCACCGUGCAGGGGGCCCAGACCACCAUCUACUGUGCUGUGGAGUCAGAGCUGGACAUGGAAAGCGGAGGAUAUUAUAGUGACUGUGCCCCAGCGAGGUGUUCGAGAGAAGCUUCAGAUGAUGAAAUGGCUCAGAAACUCUGGGAACUCAGCUGUCAGAUGCUUGGCAUCACAUGGGACUGAAACACGUAUAGAAAACGUCUCUCAUCAGUCAUAGUUAUGAGAAGAGUGGAAUGAAAGCUUUUGUACUAAUGUCAUAGACUAGAGAAUGUAAACUGGAUUCAUACAAGCACGAUGUUUUAUAUUGUAUAUUACAUACUUUUUCAUGUCCCCCCCCUUCCCCCCAUGGCUGCAUUGGUGUAUGCUGUAAUUGUUUGAAUAGAAAUAUUGAAAUGUGAUGAAUUAAAAUGUAUUCUGGUCUGGCAAAUCCUUUUCUCGUGCAUUUGCAUUCAGGUUAUUUCGACCCAAGAGCUGACGUCAUAUCCACCAGGGGUAUCGCUAGGGCAAAGCCCCAAAUGUUAUUUGUUCGGAACUACCCAAACUGUAAAAAAGGAAUUGCUGAGCAAACUUAAAGGGAUAGUUCAUCCAAAAAUUAAAAUUCUCUCAUCAUUU